CGCGGAGGCAGGCGUGGCGGCCCGGUUGCUAGGACUUGGAUAAGCGUGGCGUUCGCGCCGGCGUCCCUCAGGUGGCCCCGUCUGCCUGGGUGCCAGGUCAACUGAUACAGACAUGGCAGGAAAGGAGAACAACUUCCCCCCGCUGCCUCACUUCCUGCGGCUGAAGCCCUGCUUCUACCAAGACUUCUCUGAUGAGAUCCCCGUGGAGCACCAGGUGCUGGUGAAGAGGAUCUACCGGCUCUGGAUGUUUUACUGUGCCACUUUGGGUGUAAACCUGGUGGCCUGCCUGGCCUGGUGGAUUGCGGGCGGAGCGGGUGCCAAUUUUGGCCUGGCCUUGCUCUGGCUGGUUAUCUUCACUCCCUGCAGUUACGUGUGCUGGUUCCGGCCUGCGUACAAGGCCUUCAGAGCCGACAGCUCCUUUAAUUUCAUGACAUUCUUCUUCAUCUUUGGAGCUCAGUUUGUGCUGACCGUCAUUCAGGCCAUCGGCUUCUCGGGCUGGGGAGCAUGUGGUUGGCUGGCAGCCAUUGGAUUCUUUGGGACCAGUGUUGGGGCUGCUGUGGUCAUGCUGAUGCCAGCUAUCAUGUUCUCUUUGUCCGCUGUUGUGAUGGCUGUCACUAUUGUGAAGGUGCACAGGAUCUACCGUGGGGCUGGCGGAAGCCUCCAGAAGGCACAGACAGAGUGGAGCGCUGGCACCUGGAGGAACCCACCAUCGAGGGAGGCCCAGUUUAACAGUUUCUCUGGGAACAGCCUGCCUGAGUACCCUACUGUCCCCAGCUACUCUUCCAGCGGAGGCCACUGGCCUUAGGCAGCUGGCUGGACCCACCACCUUUGGUCCUGAGGCCUGAGCAUCUCCCCAGGGUCCCAGAAGGUCCUUGGUCCCUGUUCAUCUCUUGUCUGAGCCCUCAGCAAGCACUGCCCAACAGCCAUUGUCUACUGCCAUCCUCCCAGGGCCAGGCUGGGUUUGCCCUGCUCCACCUGUUAAGAGGGUAGGACCCCAGCUUGUGCAGGAGAGGCUUCAGCCUGCAAGCUCACUUCCUUUGUGUGGCUGAGAUGUAGAGAACUAGGCCCAGAGCACUGUGUACAGAGGUAUGCGUGGGCAGUCAGGAGCAUGGUGGCUGUGCCUGCAGCCUCUGCUCUGCCACCUACUAUACCCAUGUUCUUCUGGGUCCUGCUACUUCCUCAUCCCAUCCCUCGUGACAGUGACAACCUGCUGUCCCCUCCACUACCCAGGAUCCUCUGACCACCUGCAGACCCUGAUCCAUCUGGGUGAAGGUGUUCUGGCCCCCAGGAGGCCCCUCCCUCUCUGUGGGCAACUGGCAGAGAGGGACAGGCUAAGCCCCCAGCCACAGGACUGCCUGGACAGAUGUGUGCCUUAGAGAGACCUGAACUUCCUCCCCACACCCUCUGCCUUCCCAGGGCAGCUGUGGCCUCACCAGGAGAGCCAAACCAAGUCUUGGAAUGCCCACAGCACCUAUGAUGGCAUUGGAUUCAAUAUUCUUCCUCAUGAUCUGAUGCUACUAGCCAAGUCACCGAGUCUCCAGGCCUCUCUGCAGGGCCAUGUCCCUCGUGUGCCAGUAUCAUGCCAAACUGGGCACCUGGCCUCUACCCCAUCUCAGAGUGGCAUGGGGAUGAAGUCAAGUGCCCGCCAUAGGUGACACCUGCAGCUCUUCCCUGCCCACCCCUGGGUGUGUGCUCACACGCCAUAGUCAGUUUUGUUAUGUGAGAAUAUUCUAGAAAUAAAUUCUCUUUCUGCA